AUGGCGAGCUCAACUCCCACCUCGCUCAACUUCAUCACCUUUAACCAGGAUCACAGCUGUCUGGCUGUAGGCACCGGCAAGGGCUUUCGCAUCUACCACACCGAUCCCUUCUCCAAGAUCUUCAGCAGCGACGAUGGUAGUGUCUCCAUUAUCGAGAUGCUCUUUAGCACCUCCCUCGUCGCCCUCAUCCUCUCGCCCCGCCACUUGAUAAUCCAAAACACCAAGCGCGCCUCCGUUAUUUGCGAGCUCACCUUUCCCUCGGCCGUACUGGCCGUCCGCCUCAACCGGAAGCGCCUGGCCGUCGUGCUCGAGGAUGAGAUCUACCUGUACGACAUUCAAAACAUGUCCCUCCUGACCAGUAUACCCACCUCGCCCAACCCUGGUGCCAUCUGCGCCCUCUCGCCCUCGUCAGAGAACUGCUACUUGGCCUAUCCGCUGCCGAAACCGCGAGAAGACGGAGGCGCUUCCGACCGCCGCCCUGCACACGCGCCUCCUGCCUCACUCUAUACGCCCGUCACCUCGGGCGACGUCCUCAUCUACGACACACUGACCCUCAAGGCCGUCAACGUCAUCGAGGCCCACAAGUCGCCCUUGUCGUGCGUUGCCCUGAACCAUGAGGGCAAUCUUCUGGCCACGGCGAGCGAGACUGGCACCAUCAUCCGCGUCUUCAGCGUGCCGCGCGGCCAGAAGCUGUUUCAAUUUCGGCGCGGUACUUAUCCCAGCACCAUCUCAAGUAUGUCCUUCAAUGCCACGAGCUCGCUCCUGUGUGUCUCUUCCACAACCGACACAAUCCACAUUUUCCGGUUACAGCAGCCAGGGCCCCCGUCGACGGCUGAGGCUUCCCGGGACCGUGUCACCAGAGGCAGGAGCUAUGACAGCGGCAACGACUCGCCGAGCAGCAAUACCGGUUCGCCACGCAGUGAUGCCGCCGAGGCGUCCAACCCACCGCCCACGAAUAGGAGGCAGAGCGGUUCGUUUAGUAGCAUCCUGCGGCGAUCCUCGCAAAUUAUGGGCAGCAGGGUGGCAGGCGUCGUGGGCAACUAUCUUCCGCAGACCUUUAAUGAGAUGUGGGAACCGCAGCGUGACUUUGCGCACAUCAAGAUUCCGAGGCCCCCCCAAAGACAGGGCGCGGGGAGGAGUGUCGUUGCCAUGUCUAGCAGCAGCCCUCAGGUCAUGGUUGUCACAUCUGAUGGCGGUUUCUAUGUCUUCAACAUUGACAUGGAGCAGGGCGGAGAAGGAUACUUGGUGAAGCAAUUCUCUGUUCUUGACAUUGAUGACAAACUGGAUCCGUAA